UUUUUUUUUUUUUUUUUAUGGAUAACAGAUAAAUUAUUAUUACGAAUAUUAUCGAGGCGAAUUAUUAUAUUCGGAUUAUUUGAGAUUUUAAAGACCUUUCUGUGCUUUCAUCACGAAUGGACGAACGAAUGCAUAACGAUUUCGCAAGGGUACUAGAGAAUUUUUUUUAAACGUAUAACAUCCUAUAAUUAUUGGAAACUGGUACAGCGAGUUAUCCUGAACUUCUACGAUACUUCCUGUAUUCUUGGCCCUAUAAAGGAAUCGAUGAUCUCGUAUUCUGCUCUUCUACGUACCGUCACGGAAUUGAGCCGAUCUCUCAUAGCCCUUAAACAAUUCGGAAACGAGUGUGAUCAAAGGAACGAAUUUACGUUGGUCUAACGCUAAGAGAUUAGAGCCAUUUCGAACGAGAUGGCGAACACAACUACGACGGCUCCUGCCGGUAGUCCGGAAAAGAAAGUCGAACCUGUCAAGGCCGAAGAAGCCAUUCCUUGGAAGUCGAUGAGUCUUCGCCAAAAAUGGACUCUGUUAACGAGUAACAUCACAGUGGAACCCAUGAUAGCCUGUUACGUGAUACCCAGUAUGUUGGCCUCUCUGGCCACUCAAAAUCUCAAUCUGGAAAAAGCGUGCAGGGUGAACUUGGCCUAUUCGGAUGAAAUCUGUACGAAUUUAGCAGCAAGAAACACGACGGGUCUAGAAGCUGAAGAAACUGCCGUGCAACAGCUGGUUGCAGGCAUGCAAACGUGGAAAACGGCUUUACAGAGUGGUUUACCUAUCUUACUGAUUCUCUUUAUGGGCGCUUGGAGCGACAAAACCGGCUAUAGGAAACCCUGCAUGCUUUUGCCGAUAGUCGGAGAGUUCCUCAGCAGCGUCAGUUUAAUAGCAUGCACGUAUUGGUUCUACGAGCUACCCAUGGAAGCUACUGGAGUAUUAGAAGCCCUAUGGCCGUCCUUGGCCGGUGGUUGGUUCACAAUGUUCAUGGGUGUAUUCAGUUACAUCGCAGAUAUAACGUCGGUCGAGUCGAGGACACUCAGAAUAGGAGCGGCCAAUGUUUUCUUCUCUCUUGGCGUCCCGAUCGGUAUGGCCCUUUCCGGUGUUUUGUAUAUGAAGCUUGGGUUCUAUGGUGUCUUCAGUAUCUCUAUGAUGUGUUAUGUCAUGAGCUUCGUGUAUGGACUCGUCGUUAUUAAGGAACCCCCGAGACCUCCGUUAGCGAGAGAGAAAGAGAAACUUCCGGAGAAGAAGAUGUCUUUUCUUGCCUCGGCCAAGGACUUUUUUUCUUUGAAACAUAUCGAGGAGACCUUUAGCGUUGCCUUCAAAAAGGGUUCCAACAAUAGACAGAAAAGAGUCAUCAUGCUGAUGAUCAUUGUGAUGGUCGUCAUUGGACCAUUGUACGGUGAAAUGGCAGUACUAUACCUUUACAUGAGAUAUCGAUACAAUUGGAACGAAGUUACAUUUAGCAUGUGGUCCACAUAUGGUAUGGUGACUAAUCUUAUUGGAACCGCACUAUCCGUUGGAGUUUUCAGUCAUAUACUCAAGGUGGACGAUGCCAUAGUCGGAAUUAUGAGUUGCAUGAGCAAAAUUUUAGCAAGUUUCGUAUAUGCCUUCGCAACGACCGAUUGGAUGAUUUAUUUGGGUGCUUUGGUAGAAAUAGUAAAUGGAACAUCGUUCAUCGCGAUGCGAUCUAUCGCUUCGAAACUAGUCCCAUCGGAUGAACUUGGCAAGGUAAAUUCGCUAUUUGGAGUUUCCGAGUCACUGAUGCCAUUGGUUUACGGGCCCAUGUACAGUUCUAUUUACGCCACGACCAUGAACACAUUUCCGGGAGCGUUUUUCAUCGUCGGUGGUUGCAUGACGAUACCAGCUGUUUUCGGUUUCUUGUGGCUUUACACGGAACAUCGAAGAGAUCGACUUAUAAAGGAAAGAGAAAUGAAGGCGAAAGCCAAUGAUGAGGAACAGGAUGAAAAGACGACGAAAGUGCUAAAUAUCAGUGAAAGAAAAGAAAGCUGUACGGCAAACGGUGUUGAGAAUAUGGCUUUCGAAACGGAACGCCUCUAAUAAGAAUUAUGUUAGUUGAACGAAGUUGUAUAUAACAUCGAAGGUAAUAUCAUACGUACUGUUAAUCUACAAUCUGUGGAUACACACGUUCAACUUACAACGGAUAAUAUUUAAGAAAUAUUGUCCUUGGAAAGAAGACGGAAAUGUAGGAGAAUAGACGAGAAACUCGAGACAAAUUAUAAUUCGAGUAAGUCGCUUGAAUUGACCAAGAAAAUGUGCUAGGACGAAGCAGUAGGAAAAUCUAGAAGGUAAUUCAAGGUGUUACUAGUAAGAGAGAUGGCAAAGAAAUCGAAUGAUUCUCAUUUUGUUAAACUAACGCAUAUAUACGUGCAAACUAAUACGUCCAGUAAAUGUCGUUGACGACUUCGUCGAUGGACGCUUUUGUUAUAGUUUACACACAAAUUUCUUUUAAAUAUUUAUAUCAAAUCCUCUCGUUGAAACCUUAUCUUUAUUAAGAAUCUGAAAACGUUGCUAUUUAUGCGUUACGAGUUAUCACUCGUAAUAUGUAAAGUACUUGAAACGAACCAUAGAAAAUUGAUACAAAAGUAAUAUUUACUGGUAAUUAUGUUUACGAAAUUUUUAAUGUUUUCAGAUUAUAAAACGAAUCAAAUAUUUAACUUCAUAAUUGAAUUCAACGUAAGUCUGUUUAUUCAUGAAAAUAUUUUAAACAAAUUUCAAGAGAUUAUUUCUCGAAUAUAUUAUGACUCAUAUUUUGAUGACUUAAUUGUUAAAAAAAGAAAAAAAAAAAGAAAAAAAGAAGGAAAAAAAAACAUAAUAUACACUUAUGAAACACGAAUCUUUUUUUGUAUAUUAUUAUAAUACGAAGCCUUGAAAUUAUCGCUUCUAAAAAG